CUUGUCAUUCAGAUUCUUGGAGCUUUUGAGUGGUUAGGAACCAAUCCAAUGCCCCCUGAGUUUUGGAUUCUUCCAUCUUUUCUUCCUAUGAAUCCAGCAAAAAUGUGGUGUUACUGUCGAAUGGUUUACAUGCCAAUGUCUUAUCUCUAUGGGAAGAGAUUUGUUGGUCCAAUCACACCUCUCAUUUUGCAAUUGAGGGUUGAGUUAUAUAGUCAACCAUACGAUGAAAUUAACUGGAAAAGAGUACGCCAUUUAUGUGCAAAGGAGGAUCUCUAUUACCCUCAUCCAUGGGUUCAAGAUUUGAUGUGGGAUAGUCUCAACAUAUGUACCGAGCCUCUAUUGACUCGUUGGCCUUUCAACAAGCUGAGAAAUAAAGCUCUUGAAGUUACCAUGAAACAUAUACAUUAUGAAGACGAGAAUAGCCGAUACAUCACCAUUGGAUGUGUUAAUAAAGUAUUGUGUAUGCUUGCUUGUUGGGUUGAGGAUCCAAAUGGCAGUUAUUUCAAAAAACAUCUUGCUCGGAUUCCAGAUUAUUUAUGGGUAGCUGAAGAUGGAAUGAAAAUGCAGGUGAAGGACAAUCCUUCUGGUGAUUUUAAAGGGAUGUAUCGGCAUAUCUCAAAAGGAUCGUGGACUUUUUCAGAUCAAGAUCAUGGAUGGCAAGUAUCUGAUUCCACUGCCGAUGCAUUAAAGCAAGAUGAUAAUGCUUGUAGAUUGCCUGAUAUCUUCUUAAUUUUGUUUCUCUAG